GAUGCACCUCAAUUCACUACAUCGGCAAGCAAUAUACCACUGAUCGAUAUGGCACAGUAUACUCUAGCUCAAAAGUCAAAUUCGGAUUACAAUAUAGAUGAUAAUACUUCAAAAGAAUGUGCUAUGGCAAAUUAUUAUGAAUGGAAUCGCGGGCUUCCCAAUUUGUUAAAGAAUGUUGAAUCUUAUGCAAAAAAGAAACGUGAAAUCGACAAGUGGAUAGUCCAAACUAGGGCAUAUAGAGAGGCUCUUACUGAUGCUUUUAUACGUAUAUCUAAAACGGAGUUCGAUAGCUUCAAUAAAGAUCAGACAAUCGACCAAGAGAUCCCCCCCACUGCACUCAAAACUGCAAAUGUUGUUCCGGAGGCAAUUGCGGACAAUUUUAUUGAAAAUACUGGGAAGAUAUUCCAAGUCCACUUACCAACUACAUGGAAGUUCUUGACUAGUCUUGUUGCAAACAAUGUACGCAAAAACUGGGAGAGUACUUCGAAAUUGGAAGAAGUAAAGCGUGCAACUCGACUUCAGACUGAAGCUCUUCCCAUUAGUAUGGCUAUAAAUAUACUAUCAUAUACAUACAAUCAGACUCUCCGGUUGACGCAAACCCAUGUUGGUAUGGCUUUACAAUCAUAUAGUGUACCACAAAUUGUUCAAGAAACCCUACAACGACUAGAUGCAGGUAUUCAAUAUCUGAAUCUGAAGGGGUUCGGCGACGACAAAAUUAUUAAUUUCCGGAAGCUAGAGGAUCUAUUGAUCACGACACGACGUGCUCAUAUCUUGGAGUGGGUACGUGAGAGAUUGCCUCACCCUGAUCCACUAGCCGAUCAAGAAGAACGAAUAAACUACGCAGCGAAGGAACUGAUGAAGACGGGUAAAGACAAGGUUCGACAGACUAUUAUCGAUCCAUUAUAUAAUGAUCUGUUCAGUAGUAGUGUGAGGUGUGAAAGGAAUCCAGAUAGUGCUAUAGAUGAUAAUGGUACACCACUCUCUCAACGAGAUCAAACCGGAGAGUUAUGGGCUCUUAUGAAAGCAAAACUUGGAUGGUUUAUGACAGUGGAUGCAGCCUGUGAGCAGGAGGUUCGCAUUAUCAAAACAGCAUAUCGAGAGAAAGGCGGCUCCUUUCAAAUUCAGCAACUUAAAAAGUGGACGGCAUUAGCAGCCGGACCCUUGUACGACUGUAAAAUGGCUUUCUUGAAUUGUCAUUUGAGUGACAAAGAGAUUGAUAUCAAAGGCCGUCAUUAUUACCCCUCAAUGGAAAGGGAGGUUCUGGGUAUAGCAGAUACGAUACGCCACGACAAAAUCAUGGAUCGUCAAGAGCCUGCAACGCAGACAAUUGUACGACCGAAUGUUUACCUAAAAGAUAUUGGGGCCAUCGUUUCCUACGAUAUCAAUAAGGCCAAAUCAUAUAUUUUGAAUAAGAAAUAUGAUAUAGAUGAUGAUUUGUUGGAAAUAGAUGUUACUGAUAGGUCUGCUGGAGAAGAUAUUGAUGCUCCUUUAGAUUCACCAGUUAUGAUGGAUAGCAUUGGGGCCUAUGAUAAUGAUCCGGAUUAUUUCGACGAAGCUGAAGAGAAUGCAGAUAAUGUCGAGAAGGACAAUGAAGGCUACGACGACGAGGGUAAUGAUAUUUUAGUUCUAAUAAAUGCAGCCCAAGUACUCAGGGUGCGAAGACAAGAUCUCAUAACUGAUAGUCAAAGAGGGAACAUCCCUGUGGUGGCAGAAUCCGCGAUUGAUGAAAUGGCCGCUUUAUUAUCCUAAAAAAAUAUUCAAUAUUUUUAUAAUAUAUUAAAAAAAGCGUUUUUCA